GCAACACUAUGGAUGCACUCUCUUUUUGACACUGGUUUUGCUUUUGUUUCCGUGUUUACGUAUUUACGAUAUUCUCAGUGUUUUUGAUCUCUGAUGGAAUGUGACGUUUGUCUUAUUAUGAAAUUUUUUUAAAGAUAAGAUGCUUAAUAUAAGAAAUCUUUUUGUUAUGCUUAAAAUUCUGACUUUAGUACAAGUUUGAAUUGAGAAAUAAGUUAAUUUUACAAAAUUUGAAUUUCUUAAGCCUAAUACAGUUGUACUCUACAUUGACCUUAGCUAACACGAGUUUUAACUAAUGAGCAUAGACAAAAUCUAGCUUUAUUUUCUGUUCAUUGCAAACUUUAAAUUUGUUGUUUGUAUUCUCUUUUCUACACAACUUAAUUUGCGUGAGUUGUACGAAUGCUUUGCUUUUACAUAAUAACCUCUACUACCAUUUUCCCUUGACGUUUCUGGCCAUGGGUUGCUAUGCAGUUCUUAUACCUUAUGAUGCGUUCUACUUUCCCUAGAAGUUCCUCAUUGACAUAUUGCUGUGCCCACCUCAAAUGUUCACUUCUAUAGCGUGACGAGUGUGGCUGGUCACUUAGAAAACAGACCAUGUUCAUGAAACCUUCGUCGCAGUUGACACCAAUCUUACCUUGGUUGCACUAAGAGAGGAUCCUAUCUAACUCAAGAGUUGCAGUGCUAUUCCUUCAGGCACAUAACAAUAAUGUCCGAAUUCACCAUUGAUGCUAACCCUCAGUCACAGUGCAAGACAGGUUUCAUGAGAACAACUCCAGGUUCAAUGGCACCUGUUCUGAAGUGUGUGGUUAUAAUUAUCCUCUCUAUUUCAUUAUAUAAUCCUGCUGCAUCAAUUUCAAACCACGGUAAUUGCCCUGACAAAUGUUACUGCAGUGAUAUGCAGACUCUAUAUUGUGAAAAUCAAAAACUAGGAGCUUUCCCACAAGGAAUUUCCAGUUCAGUUUCAAACUUAAAUCUAGCUGGAAAUGAAAUAACUGAUUUGAACUAUGAUUUAAAACUAGAAAAUCUAAGUUUCUUAAAUGUCUCUAGGAAUCAUAUUUUUAGUAUUGACAGUCAGUGGCUUUAUUCCUUAUCAAAUUUAAACAUAUUAGAUCUCUCCAACAAUAUUUUGAACAAUGUACAAAAUCUUCGGAAUUCAGCCCUACAGCAUUUAGAUCUUUCUUACAACAAAUUGGAAGUGAUAACAGGUUUUAGUGAUAUGAACAGUUUGUUAUCUUUGAAUGUAAGUUUUAAUGAAAUUGACACUAUUCGAAAUAAUAGUUUUCGACAUUUUCAUCAUCUUGAAACACUUGACUUGCAUUCAAAUAAGAUAAAGGGAUUGGAGUAUGAGUGGUUUACUAAUUUGCAAAAUUUACAUACAUUGAAUUUAAAAAAUAACAGUUUAAGUCUUGUGAGAAAUCUUGUUUUUUCUACUUUAAAGAAAUUGCAAAAUCUUGAUUUAAGCAACAAUUUUAUUAAAUCUGUAGGUCUUUUAUCUUUCAAAGGACUCAUUAAUCUUUGUUUUCUCAAUUUAAGUAACAAUGAAAUCACUGUUUUUCAAAGUGGCACUUUUCGACCAUUACAAUCAUUACAAUACAUCGAUUUAAGCAACAACAAAUUUUUCAAAGUUGAUGGUAUUUUUAUACAUGCAAAGAAUCUCAAAUCUCUUUAUAUGACUCACUUAAAUCACUUUAAAAAUUUAACGCCUUUAAGUUUAAGUGGCUUGCACAAUCUUGAAAUUUUAGACCUUUCCCAUUCAAACCUUUCGCACAUAGAUUUGAAAGCAUUUUCGGAAGUUCAAAAUUUGCGGCAUAUUAAUUUAAGUCACGCAAACUUGUUUAGCUUAAAAAUGGGUCUGUUUAAUGAUCUAAAAAAGGUUGAAACUCUGCAAUUGAAUGGUAAUAGAUGGAAUUGUGAUUGUCAUAUCUACUGGCUUCUAACAUGGCUUGGGGAGCAUACCAAUACCCAUCUUGUUUCUCCUUCAGACACAUUUUGUUCUUCACCAUCUAAUUUAAAAGGGCAUGUAGUGUUAGAUGCAUUAGAUCUAAGUAUGGUAUGUACUAAUGCAUCUAUCCAUCAUUUCACCAACAAAACUAAGUUUAAAGUUGGUUUACCAGCUUUUUUAGAAUGCCAAGUAGAAGGAAGUCCCCUUCCCAGCUUAACAUGGUUGACUCCUCAAAAUUCAGCUCUCCAUUGGAAUGGCUUUUGGAACAGAAGCUUAGGUGAGGAAGAAAAUAAUAGUGGAUAUUCUAGUUCUAUUGAAGAAGAAACAAAUAAAAAUCGCUUUUACUUAAUGCCCAAUGGAAAUCUAGCCAUAAAAAGUGUGGAACGAGGAGAUGGUGGUUUUUAUGUUUGUAUUGCUUCGAAUCCUUUAAAUUAUGCUUCAGUAUCAAUUCGUUUAACCUUAGAUUAUGAAUAUUUUGUUCAUAUUAAAAUUAUUAGUGUAUUGGUUGGAAUGGCAACUAGUUUUGGCUUUCUCUUGAUGACUUUAAUUUUUGUUCUUGUACAAACUAUAUUAAAGCAUUUUGGUGUAAAGUGGCCGUGUCGAAACGGAAAUGCUUCUCCUCGUACCCAACAAAUUAAAAAAAUUCUUGAAAGCAUGGAGCAUUAUAAGAAACAACAACUGGACAAACUUAGAGAUAAUUAUAAUGGCCAAGUACAAAGAAUUAAGGAUAACUGUAUGCAACAAAUGGAACGUCUGAGGGAGAGUUAUUCAUCUCAAGCUGAGCGAAUUCGUGAUAUUAAAGAAUAUGGUACUCUUCAGAUUGAUCGUAUCAGGGACAAUUACUAUUUUCAAGUUCAGAGAGUGAGGGAUUAUAGUGCAAGUCAAAUAAUUAGGUUGCGUGAAAAUUAUGUUUUUCAACGUAAUAGAAUUAGAAAGUUUAGUGCUCAUCAUUUGUAUAAAUUAAGGGAGAAUUAUAAAGUGCAGCAGCAGCAUUUUAAUAAAAUACUGGAAAACUUUAAUAUUGAGAGUUGCAGAAAUGUUUGCCAAAGAACAGAAUCUGUAAUAUUUGAGCCAGAAAUACUGGAAAGUGUGCCAAAAAUUUGCCUUCAAACAUUUGCUAAAGAAACCUGUGAUUCCAAUGACAAUUCUAGUCAGAUCUCAGCCUACUUUACUCCAGAAGAAGCAGGAUCAGAAGUAUCUGGUCAUGAAAGUGAUGAUAGCCUAGAUCAACUUCCUAAUCAAGAUCUAAAUUUGAAUGAUGAUGCUAUUGUUAGUAAUGGUGAAACUAUUGUUUAAUAUUUGGGGGUUAUUUUUGUGUUUUAUUGUAUUAAACUGCUUUCAGUGAUAAUAUAAACAAAACAAAUUAUGCUAGUAAUAUGCAAUUAUCAAAUUAGAAUUUUGCUGCAGGCAGCUUAAAAAAGAAUUUGACUGCAAUUAUUUAUUUAGCAACAUAUUAAUCUUGAAGAAAGUUGAUUUUGAAAACAACAUUCUGCUGUCAAAUUUAAAAACAUUGUCAACAUCUCCAUGAAUUUAGUGCGUGUAUUUCCUUGAGAUAUCAGAAGAUAGUUAAACCACCCUUAGUUUUUCUUUUGUUGGAUGUAAAGUAAAUUCUUGUUUAUAUGUAGAAUGGGAUGGUACAAAAACAAUGCAUAAGCAAAUAGGUGGAUAAUUUUGUAAAUUGGUUGAAAAAUGUCACCUGUUUAUGUUUUGUUGUGUUAAAACACCUUUUCAUUAUUUCUUAAUAUUUUGAAAUUUAAAAAGUGGAAAAAAUAAUAUCCCUAAAGACUUAUAAAAAAAAUUAUAAGGCAUAUCUGAUUAAGAUAUCCCAAAACAAAAACUUCUGUAAACAAAAUAUUGUAGGACAGAAUCUCGUACAGUUGAUAGUGCUGUCUUUUAUGGAAAAAAUUCAUGUUUUUUUAAAAAUGAUAUUUAUUGUUGCAUUUACAUGCAAGAUUAAGUAUGGGAGCGAGGCUGCAAAGCCGUUAAUCUGCCCUAUGAGAAUCAGGAUUUUAUUGUAUUUGUUUGUUAUUUCUAAAGUUAUGUUAUGGUAGUGAAGUCCAUAUUGAAAAUAAAAUGUUUUAAUGAUUUCGUAGGUUACUUAAUUAACAGGAAAAUUCUUAUUAGCUUAUUGAGUUUCCUUUGUGUCUAGUUGUAUGUUUUUGAGACUUUAGUUAACUCUUGUCUUGUUUAUCUAUUUUAGACUAAUUUUUCUAUAGUUAAAGCUAUAUAUAUAUGUAAAAAUAUAUAUAUAAUAUAUAUAUAUAAAAGAUAUAUGAGCUCUGUAUGUGGUGCCGCCAUAUGAAAAAUAGUACUAUUUUAAACCUUUGUUUAUCUUGUCAAGAACACUGUAAAAAUAUGGCACAAAUAAAUGAACUGAUGUACUUGAAAACUAUGAUUGUGCUAGUAGAUAAAUUCCUGGAUAUGAUACACUAGAAAGAGACUGAAAUUUAUGUUUUGUAAAAAAUAUUGAAUAUCUUAUAGAAAAUAAAAUAGCAAAAAAAAAUCACUUGAAA